GGCGGCGGCACCGCCAACCCCGACAGCGGUUGCGGCGGCGGCGGGGGCGAGCAGCGCCGGUCGGCCUCCCGGCGCGUGCCCAGUCUGCGGCUGGCCAACGGCCGCGUGGCCGCCGCGCAGUCCGAAGAGGAGAUCCGUUCGCCGCCGCCGCGCCGCCUCGCCAAGGAUGACUCGAUCAAGAUCAGCAUCGAGAACACCAACACGUGCACCGACUCGCUGGUGACGGCGCUCGACGACGAGACGCUGCUCAUCGCCGAUUGCCUCUCCAACGACAUGAACUACAAGGGCAGCGGCGGCAAGGUCCACUUCGGGCUGGACGAUGUGUCGCUGUACGGGACGCCGAAAGAGGAGCCGGGCCCGACGCCGCUCGGGUCGGCGGAGGCGGGCAAGCCCAGCUUCCUCAAGAACCAGCUGCAGGCGCUGUUCCAGCCGACGGACAACAAGCUGGCGAUGAAGCUGUUCGGCUCGAAGAAGGCGCUGAUGAAGGAAAGGAUCAGGCAGAAGGCGUCGGGGCAUUGGGUCAUACAUCCUUGUUCCAGUUUCCGAUUUUACUGGGACUUGUGCAUGCUGCUAUUGCUGGUGGCCAACUUGAUCAUCCUACCAGUGGCCAUCAGUUUUUUCAACGACGAUCUCAGUACGCGCUGGAUCGCCUUCAAUUGUCUGUCGGACACUAUUUUUCUUAUCGAUAUCGUUGUCAAUUUUCGAACAGGGAUUAUGCAACAAGAUAAUGCAGAACAAGUGAUAUUGGAUCCAAAACUUAUAGCAAGACAUUACCUGAGGACGUGGUUCUUCCUCGAUCUAAUUUCGUCCAUACCCCUAGACUAUAUAUUUCUUAUAUUUAAUCAAUUUCAGGAUUAUGGCGACAGUUUCCAGUUGCUGCACGCGGGGCGCGCGCUGCGCAUCCUGCGCCUGGCUAAACUGCUGUCGCUCGUCCGCCUGCUGCGCCUAUCCCGACUGGUCCGUUACGUCAGCCAAUGGGAAGAAGUCUACAUCUUGCAGAAUCUUCAAAAAAAGAGAACGGAACGGAGGGGGCGCCUCAGUUCGGACCUCAGCAAGUUUAAAACAACCAAAAGCAAUCUCAUCUUUAAGUUUUUAAAUAUGGCCAGUGUGUUCAUGAGGAUUUUCAAUCUUAUAUGUAUGAUGCUGCUGAUCGGACAUUGGUCGGGAUGUCUGCAGUUUCUCGUGCCCAUGCUCCAGGGCUUUCCGCCAAAUUCAUGGGUGGCAAUCAACGAACUUCAGGAGGCCUUUUGGCUGGAACAAUACUCUUGGGCCCUGUUUAAGGCCAUGUCCCACAUGCUGUGCAUCGGCUACGGCCGCUUCCCCCCACAAUCCCUUACGGACAUGUGGCUCACAAUGCUCUCUAUGAUCUCCGGGGCCACGUGCUACGCCCUGUUCCUGGGCCACGCCACCAACUUGAUCCAGAGCUUGGACUCGUCCAGGCGACAAUACCGCGAAAGUGAUAUAAUCAUAAAAGAAGGCACGAUCGGCGCCAAGAUGUACUUCAUCCAGGAGGGCAUCGUCGACAUCGUGAUGGCCAACGGCGAGGUGGCCACCAGCCUCAGCGACGGUUCCUACUUCGGCGAGAUCUGCUUGCUGACCAACGCGAGGCGCGUGGCCUCCGUGCGCGCCGAGACCUACUGUAACCUGUUCUCGCUGUCCGUGGACCACUUCAAUGCAGUGCUGGACCAGUACCCGCUGAUGCGCCGCACAAUGGAGUCGGUCGCGGCGGAGAGGCUGAACAAAAUCGGAAAGAACCCCAACCUAUUGGCACACAGAGAAGAAGAUCUAGGUAGCGAGAGCAAAACCAUAAGCGCCGUGGUCAACGCUCUGGCGGCCGAGGCCGAUCACGUCAACCUGUCCCAGGAAUCGAUGGCGAAGAUGCACGGGAGCGACCGAAGCCUGCACGAACUGGGCCGAUCCCUGCAGAAGGCGCUGCCUCGGCCCAAGUCGGAAAACAACUUCGUAUCACAGGAUAUUCAACUGAUGGGCGUGGAAGGCAGCGGAAGACCCUCCUUCCACAAGUCGGACACGCUACACAAGGAAUCGGCCUUCCAAUGACGCCACUCCACGCACUAGUGACCGCGCUAGGGCGGGCGCUGGUGCGUGAGCGCGACCUGGUGAAUUCGACAUCCCAAGCCUUCUUCUUUGUCACAAGCAAUAUACAUUCAUACCUACCUACGUUGUGUGCUCGGCGGGGCGGCUACGAACACUGGCUACUAUACAGUUGUGUGCAAUAUACGUAGACUAGAGGAAGUUUAGCUUUAAUUAGUUUGGCUGUAAUCAGGCCGUCAGCCUUUAAUUUGUUCCACGAAUAAUGGCAAUUCCAAUCGUCUGAGAUUUUCCCGAGAUUUUAUAGUUGUCUAUUUACCAAUACAUAGAGACUGCACCAAUAUAACAAUUUAGUCCAGGUGGUUUAAUAUUACAGGCCCAGGUAAAUAUAAUAAAGUAUUAAUGAAAUGGCACUAGCAGGUUUAGCAGUUGGAAAAUAAAAAAUCUUUAUUUAAAAAAUUGCCGACGUUUUUUUUUCAAGGCUAUUCUUAACUAAAAGGUUAUUUUGUCAAGUGUGAAAAUUAGUAGUACGCUUGAGAAAAGAACGUUUAGCUGAUAAUAGCCUUGAAAGAGACGAAUAUACGUCGAAAUGUGGGAAUUUUUUUAAAUAAACGUUUUUUAUUUUCCUGGUUCUUAACUUGCUAACGCCAUUUAAUUUAUAAUAUGAGGACGCAAAUCUACCACAUAUAAUUUUAAUAUAACAAAAUUUUUGAGUAAAAAUGCAAAACUUGCUGCUUGAUAGAAAGUUGAAUUUUUACUUACUAAUAAUAUGAAAAAAAUCUUAAAAGAUUAUAUUUUAUUUUCGAAGUUAUUAACUGGAAAAUU